AUGCAGAUCACCAAAUCCUUCUUAGCAGCCGUCCUGCUCUUCAACGCCAAUGCCCUCGCUACCCCGACCGCUGCCACCGAUGCCGUGGCACCAGUAGGAGAGCGUUCUCCCAUUGAGGAGGGCAAGCACGAGCACUCCAAGGCCAAGGAAGGGUACUACCACGACCACCACUACCACCAGGACGAGGAGAAGAAGAAAGACGUCAAGGAGAAGGAGAAGCACCGGGAGAAGGGCAGCAAGAAGAUGGCUGCCCGGGACGACGACCACUGGCAUGACCACCACCACAACAACCAUGGCGACGAAGGCUACGGCGGCUGGGACGGCUAUGACGGUCAUGACGGCUAUGGUGAGGGCUGGGGUGGCUGGGGCAAGAGGGAAGAGCACCACCGCAACCACGAGGGUGGGGGAGAGGGGGAGCGGGGAGGAUACGGUGAGGGUCGGGGCGGCUGGGGCAAGAGAGAUGAACAGCACGGAGGUGAACGGGGAGGAUAUGGCGAGGGUGGCCGAGGGGGAUAUGGCGAGGGUGGACGAGGAGGUUAUGGUGAGGGCGGACGAGGAGGAUAUGGUGAGGGUUGGGGUGGUUGGGGUAAGAGAGAUGAAUUCCAUGAAAGCGAGGAUGCACGUCAUGGUGGGUGAUUUUACUACCACCGGCACAUCGGGCUAUCUCGACCAAAUCACGAUAAUUUUAACGGCAAUGCCAAUGCCAAUGUUGGAUAAGGC